GCAAGAAUCUGGAGGCUGAAUUUCAGUCUUUAAGAGAAGCACUCUCCUUUGUAUCGUUAAUUGAUGGAUAUUACAGAUUAACUGCAGAUGCCCACCAUUAUCUCUGCAAAGAAGUAGCACCACCAUCAGUGCUUGAAAAUAUACAAAGCAAUUGCCAUGGACCAAUUUUCAUGGACUUUGCUAUCAAUAAACUGAAGAAGGCAGGUAAUCAGACUGGCUUCUACGUUCUUCGUUGCAGUCCUAAAGAUUUUAAAAAAUACUUCCUCACAUUUGCUAUUGAGCGUGAGAAUGUCACUGACUAUAAACACUGCUUAAUUACGAAGAAUGAGAACGGGGAAUAUAAUCUUAGUGGAACCAAGAGAAGUUUUGGUAAUCUUAAGGAUCUAUUGACCUGUUAUCAGACAGAAACUGUCCGCUCAGACAGCAUAAUUUUCCAGUUCAUCAAGUGCUGUCCUCCAAAACCAAAAGAUAAAUCAAACCUCCUUGUCUUUAGAAGCAAUAGCGUCUCUGAUGUACCUUCAUCACCAACGUUGCAGAGGCACAAUGUUAGCCAGAUGGUCUUUCACAAAAUCCGAAAUGAGGACUUGAUUUUUGAAGAGAGUCUUGGACAGGGCACAUUUACAAAGAUUUUCAAAGGUAUAAGGAAAGAAGUGGGAGACUAUGGCCAGCUCCAUCAAACUGAAGUUCUUUUAAAGGUUCUGGAUAAAGUCCAUAGAAACUACUCUGAGUCCUUCUUUGAGGCAGCAAGCAUGAUGAGCCAGCUUUCUUACAAACAUUUGGUAUUAAAUUAUGGAGUCUGUGUGUGUGGAGAAGAGAAUAUCCUUGUACAAGAAUAUGUGAAAUUUGGAUCUUUGGACACAUAUUUGAAAAAGAACAAAAAUGUUAUUAAUAUCUUGUGGAAACUGGAAGUUGCCAAACAGUUGGCAUUAGCCAUGCAUUUUCUGGAGGAUAAAGGCCUUGUUCAUGGGAAUGUCUGUGCAAAGAACAUCUUGCUUAUCAGGGAGGAGGACAGGAAGUCUGGAAACCUUCCUUUUAUAAAACUAAGUGAUCCUGGCAUCAGUAUCACAGUUUUGCCAAGAGACAUUCUUCUUGAGAGAAUACCAUGGGUUCCACCUGAAUGUAUUGAGAACCCCAAACAACUAAGCCUAGCUACAGAUAAGUGGAGUUUUGGUACCACUUUAUGGGAAAUCUGCAGUGGAGGAGAUAAACCUCUGAGCGCUCUCGAUUCUUCAAGAAAACUACAGUUUUAUGAAGAUAGACACCAGCUUCCUGCCCCCAACUGGACAGAGCUAGCAAAUCUUAUAAACAACUGUAUGGAUUAUGAGCCAGAUUUCAGGCCAUCAUUUAGGGCAAUUAUACGUGACUUGAACAGUUUGUUCACUCCUGAUUAUGAGUUACUGACAGAAAAUGAUAUGUUGCCGAAUAUACGAACUGGAGCUCUUGGAUUUUCUGGGGCCUUUGAAGAUCGGGACCCAACACAAUUUGAAGAGAGACAUCUUAAGUUUUUACAGCAACUUGGCAAGGGAAACUUUGGCAGUGUUGAGAUGUGCCGGUAUGAUCCCCUACAGGAUAAUACUGGGGAGGUGGUGGCUGUGAAAAAGCUGCAACAUAGUACAGAGGAGCACCUUAGGGACUUUGAAAGAGAAAUUGAAAUACUUAAAUCUCUGCAGCAUGAUAACAUUGUUAAAUAUAAAGGAGUUUGCUACAGUGCAGGUCGUAGGAAUCUGAGGUUAAUUAUGGAAUAUCUACCGUAUGGAAGUUUACGGGAUUAUCUGCAGAAACACAAAGAGAGAUUGGAUCACAAAAAGCUUUUACUAUAUGCAUCUCAGAUAUGCAAGGGCAUGGAAUAUCUGGGUACAAAAAGAUAUGUUCACCGGGAUUUAGCAACAAGAAAUAUCUUAGUGGAGAAUGAGAACAGAGUUAAAAUUGGAGAUUUUGGAUUGACUAAAGUCUUGCCACAAGAUAAGGAGUACUACAAAGUGAAAGAACCUGGUGAAAGCCCUAUAUUUUGGUAUGCUCCAGAAUCUCUGACAGAGAGCAAAUUUUCCGUGGCUUCAGAUGUAUGGAGUUUUGGUGUGGUCUUGUAUGAACUCUUCACUUACAUUGAAAAGAGCAAAAGUCCACCAGCUGAAUUCAUGCGCAUGAUUGGCAAUGAUAAACAAGGGCAGAUGAUUGUAUUUCAUUUGAUAGAGCUUUUGAAGAACAAUGGACGACUUCCAAGACCAGAUGGAUGCCCUGAUGAGAUUUAUGCUAUCAUGAAAGAAUGUUGGAACAAUAAUGUUACUCAGCGGCCCACCUUUAGGGAUCUUGCUCAGCGAGUGGAUCAAAUAAGGGACAACAUGGGUGGAUGAGGAAACUGUCCCUCCUUAAGAGCAUAUAUUAAGAUGCAAAACAAAAUGUACUUGGUUUGCUGUGUAUAAUUGACAUAUGUGCACAUGUGCAUCUAUCUUUGCUGGAAGUAAAAUCUGCAUGGCAAAUAUCUUAUAUGAAUCUGCAAACUGAGGAAUCCUGCUGGUUUUCUUGAUCAGGAUAUAUUUGUUACUAUGAGAACAUGUUAAAAUUCUCAAUACGGAAAGAAAUUAUUUUUCUAAAUUGAAUAAUAUAAUAUAUGGUCAGUCUACAACACCAUUAUUUGCCUUACUUGGCAAUGAAAGAAAGAGGUGACAAAAUAUGGUGAGAUUAAGAAAUAAUAAGACUAUUUCCUUGUUGAAAUGGAGAUACAUAGAAAAGACAUGUAGUCUUUUCACUGAAUAUAUAGUGAGUGACUGCACACCCUGUUUUGUGUGUUGCACAAGGGCUUUGUUUUGUUAACGUGCUUUUGUAACUUUUCAUUGUUGUUGCAGAAGUGGCUUCUCUAUAUAACAAAAUGGAGUUGGUUAUGUAAUCCAGCAACUUUUAAUGUGCCUGUCUGAAUCAAUGAUCAGUCAGCAGUAUAUGCAAAGAAACAUAGACCAUGUGAUAUACUGUAAGUAUUUCUAGGGAAAGGAAAAGGAAGUGAAUUGUUUGUAAUUUGGACAGCCAGAUAACUCACCCAUGUGAGAAUUGUAAUUUAAAAUGGAAAAGAAACAUUAACAAUUUUUUCGUAUUUUUUUUCCCGUAAGUAUUAGAUUUCCUUUACGUGUUUGAGGAUACAGUGAUAGCAAGUAGAAUUGAAGACAUUUCAUAUAAGACUGUCUUCAGAUUGUUUCUGAAUAUGAAAAAGCCAAACAUACUGCUUUUGAAUGUCGCUCUUUCACUCUUUCCAUCUUUGUAUUUUUUAUGCCGUCCUCAGUGUACCUGUAAAUUGGAAACUUCGUAAAAACAGAAUUAAAAAUAUAGAAAAUGCCCUUCAAUUCCUCACUUUGUUAUGAUCAUAAUCUUGUAUGUUCCUUCCAGUACCCUAAAAAGAAGGUUUGUUGCUCAGUGUAUGAUAUGGUCAGUCACCACUCAAAGUCAUUGAGUUGACUUUGGGCCAAUUCAUUUUAAAAAUCUUUUUUUUCCUGUUUUAAGACCUAGCCUGUGACCAUUUGGAAGGAGGAAAGUGUAAGUGCAGUUUCUACACAUUUAGCUAAAGGCAAGAACAUGAUCCCAGUUAAUGAGAACUGGAAGGAGGUCAAAGUUACUUGAACAGAUUACUAUGUGUAAUUCUACUUCUGAAGUGAAUCUAACAGAUUUGUGGACAAGGCAACUAACUGGUUUUGCCUCCAAGCAUGAAACUUGCGAAUAAUCUUGUAUCUUAAAGUGAAGGUUUCAGGUUUUGUUUACUUAAAUUCAAAUGAUCUGGUUAUUUGUACAUAUUCUUAGAUAUUGUUUGUAACAUAUAAUGUUUGUUGUUCUUGAAUUUUUGCUGAGGUUCAAUUAAGGCUACACAAGCUCACAAACCCUUAAAAUCCAUACAUGUAUUUAAAGUGAAGUAUUCAUUUUUGAAAUUUAUGGCAGUGAAUUUGUGGAAUAGAGGGACUACUUUGCUGUGAGGCCUCAUUAAGAUUCGUGAUUAAUUACAAAUCCAUCUACUCAGAAGUUUAAGUAGUAGCUAUAAUUAAAAAGUAGGAAUUUCUUGCUCAGUGUAACAUAAUGCCAGUAUAGCAAUGUUUUGUACCACUGUGAUCUUUCUUUCCCACAAUUAUUCAUUCAAAAUUAUGAUUUUAUAAUAUGGGAGAUUGCUAAGUAGGGACAGCAGCAUCAGCCCUCUUUCUGCGCCUUGAAUUUAAUAAAAAUUUUGUUGGGUUUUCUUCCUAUGAAGCUCUUUUACAGAACCUUUAAACUGAUUUUGCCAGCAGUUUGCAAGCUGCAAAGAACUUUAGAGUACUCCUAUACAUGUGUUUUCUAUGUUUUUGUGCGCUGCUUUCAAGACGAUUUAGAAGUUUCAGGCAAGGAACACCUUUGCAUUUGUACUCUCAGUUGCAUGUACAUGUUUUUUGUAGCAAAAGAAGAUAAAGCUUUGAAGCAUCGAAGCAGCAUUUUAGCUGGGGUAACGUAUACAGGAACUACUUAAAAUUUGCAGUGCGUGGCAGUUGAUAGCUAACAGGUUUCCAAUAUAUAGUAGACUAAACAUAAUUUAUGUAAGAAUCUCAGGGAAGUUUGUGUAAUGCAAUGAAGAGAUCUUCCAGUCUGCUAUUUUUUCAAGCGAAUAAAAAGUCUUUUGCUUGUUCUACUACCAUAUGAUUGAUUACAUAGUCUGUUUGAUUGCUUAAAUAUAGUAUGGAACUCAAGGAUAAUUUUUUAAGUUUUGUGGACUUUUAACUUCAAUACUUCAUAAUUUUUAGAGCAAGCCAUACCUUUACACUGCAGUAUAAUUUUGUGCUGUUGGUCAGGAGCAUAUGUAGUCCGUUGUACCAAGUCGGUCAGUGCAAAGGGCUUGAUCAUCCAGGAUAAGUAUUCUUAGCUGGAUGAAUAGGACCAAGUAGUGCUUAGGACUCAGGGGAUGUGUGUGAUCAUCUGCAGUGUCAAUGUUUAGGUUUUGGAGCAGACAGAAUCAUGGUUUUCUCAUAAAGCUUCAAAGGAUGUAAAUGCAAUGAUUUGUUGAAUUUGCUAAUGCCACCUGUAGUAUCCUUUUUUAAAAAUAAAAUGAAAUUUAAAAAAAACAAAACAAAACACAAAAACUGCAUUUCAGGAGCAAAUCUAUAGUAGAUUUGUAGAAUGCUGUAUUUUUAUAUAGUAUUUUUAUUAACAGAAUCAUAUUUUGUUUUUAAAUUUUCUUCAGUUGGCAUUGCAUUUGUCACACUUUAGUGUAGUCAAUAUAUGCUACCCAAAAUGCUGUGAUUUAUUGUAGGAAAAGUGCUGUUUUAUGCAUACAGGACUGCUGCUAUGAUGUAGAAUUAAGAUACUAAUUACCGCUUUACACUUAUUUUGAGAGAGAGGAUUUUCCUGUGUACAGGAAAGUACACAGUGUAUCUUAAAAAAUAUAUAUAUAUAAACAACUAUUGUCUAAUGUAAUAUAACGUUGGCUUGUUACCUAUCAGUAUAAGUAGCCUAACCUUCAAAAUCCGUUUUUAAAUAUGCACCACAGCCUUGCAACAGUCAUGUAAUAAGCCUGAGGAGGAACCGAUUUUCAAGAAAAGAAACCCAAACUUUGUCAAGUCAUGUUAUUCAUUAAAAGCUUCCAUUGUUGAGAUAAUUACUGCUAUACA